AUGCAGUCGGCACAGUACUCACGGCUCCCGACGCUGCCAGACCCGGACUCGUUCGAGCUGGAGCCCGACUACUUCGAACUCGAGAAGCUCGUCCUCAGCCCGCCUUCCCGAAGUGCCCGGCUGAGGCAGUGGGCGCGCCGCAAUGCUCUCUUCGUGGGCCUCGUCGCCCUGUUCCUCACAGUUGCGACGCUCUACAUCACGGCGACACUGGCGGCUAGGCCGGCGCUGGGCUUCUUGGGCGCGACGACUGGAGCGUCUCUGAAGCAGGCAAUCGAGGAGCAACCUGCCGAUAGGCCCAAGAUCGUGGAAACCGACAAGGGCAUCAUGCUAGAGGUGGGCCCUGACAAGACCGAGAUCGAAGGCGACCAAGGGCUUCUCACGAACGACGGCAACGCGGUCGAUGUACAAGGGGCUGGAAAUAACGGCAACGUGACUCUGGACGUUCCUGGGGCGGACGUCGUGGCUGAGGAUAAAAACGGCCAAGCAUCUCUUCAGGGAAAACCUUCCCAGCAGCCUGCACAACAGGAAGAGCCCCCCGAACCCACCAUACCGAUCAAGGCAGUGUUCUACAGCGGCUCCGAGGGCCCAAAGACAUGUCGCGGGCACGUUCUCGCCGUCAUCAACCUCCCGAAGCCGGCUGGGAUGGGCGAGCCCGGCCUGGCGCAGUGCUACAACUUCCCCGGCGAGCAAUACUCCGGGUGUGCCAACUUCAUGGCUAACAAGGUGGACGGCUGUGCGGCCAAGGUAUUUGCGGACACGAACUGCAGGAAUUACCUCAAUACAGCGGCCUUUAUGGUCGAGGACAGGGCGGUCGGGGGCCACUGGCGCAGCGUGGAAGUGCAGUGUGGCAUCCCAGAGCCUGACCCUGCCACGCUGGGAAAGCCUCCCAUGAUGGACAAGAUCUCGUCGAUGGUAGACAAUGACAAGGCAAAAGGCGGAAAAUGA